AUGGACGGAGCUCCCAACUUCCUCAACAUCCCUGCUGAGAUCCGCAUGUUAAUAUACGACCUCCUGCUCGACAACAGCGGCCAGAAAACAAUUGCCAUCCGGAACCAACGCCGAGAGAAGCCGAAGGAGGAGCCGGGGCGGCCCAAGGCCCUGCGCAGAUCCAGCUACAAUGUCCUGGAGCGGACAUUCUACUGCCGGGCCUACGAAGCCACCUACGGCCUCGCAAGCAGCGCAGACCUGCACCCGGCCAUCCUGGCCGUGAACCGCAGAGUCAGACAAGAGGCCUCGCAUCACCUAUAUGGACGGCACGCCUUCCACUUCGGAGAGGACCUGGAGGCGGUGGGGCCGUUCAUCGAGGACAAGACGUGGUCCACGCGAGCGCUGGUGAGGGACAUCACGCUCCACAAGAGCGGUCUGGCAUCGACGGCCAAGACGGACUCGUGCGACUGGGGCAGCAUCUGCCGGUCGCUGGGCGCGCUGCCCAAGCUCAGGACGCUUCGGCUCCUUAGCGUGUCCGAUCUUCGGCUGCUGUACGCGACGCGGCACGAGGUCCUCGAGUGGGUGAGGGACCUGGCCCAGGUCGGCACGCUCGAGGAGCUGGAGAUUGUCGCCUCCAGGACCGCGGUGCCAACGCCCACCAACAACACGACCUUCAUCUUCGCGGCCUUCUCGGCGUCGAUUGAGACGUCCCUGAUCGAGUUCCUGAACGAGCUGGAUAUACCCGCCGUAGCGGGCAUGAGGGAGUGA